GUAGCAAGGUGGUCAUUCCAUUUGUGAAAAUGGAACUAGAAUGUCCAUCAAGCAGGCCAGGGCGAUAAGACCUCAGACACUUAAGUGUUGCUGCUGCCGAUCCCUUCCGGUCUCCGUACAGGAAUUUCAACUGCAUGACGUCAUCCUGCCAACAAAAAUAAAUAACCGCGAAUGUAACACACACUGGAUCACUGUGAGAACUUUCUGGGAAAAAAAGAACAAAUAUCGACGACACAACAAUUAGAUGGAGGAGCUGGAAGGAACAGAUGGACGCCACUGUGCGGGUUGCGGGGGAACAAUUCAAGACACAUUCAAUGUGAAGGUUCUUCAAGGAACUUGGCACAACGCCUGUUUUCAGUGCUCGGAGUGCUGUGACCACCUGACCAACUGGUACUAUGAAAAGGAUGGCAAGCUGUACUGCCGUAAACACUACUGGGAGAAGUUUGGAGAGCUGUGUCACGGCUGUUCUCUGCUCAUGACUGGACCUGCCAUGGUGGCCGGAGAAUACAAGUAUCACCCAGAGUGCUUUGUGUGUCUGAGCUGCAAAGUGGUCAUCGAGGACAGGGACACCUAUGCUCUGGUAGAGCGCUCCAAACUGUACUGUGGGAAGUGCUAUAAGCUGGUAGUCCUGGCACCCGUGUUGGAGAAGCGUUCGGCCGACUCGUCCCUGGACUCUCUGCCUCACACGGUCACCCUCAUCUCCAUGCCCUCUGCCACCAACAGCAAGAGGGGCUUUUCUGUCUCUGUCAUAGGGGACGCAGCCAGCGGCUUAGCUAGCGUGCAAGUCAAAGAAGUCAGAGGGAUGCAUAUCAGCCCGGAAGUUCGGAAUGCCAUCCACGUUGGUGACAGGAUCCUGGAGAUCAACGGUCUUCCAGUGGGGACACUGAUGGAGGAAGAGGUGGAGGACCUCAUCCAUCGGACCAGUCAGACACUGCAGUUGCUCAUAGAGUAUGAUCCAGUCAGGCAGCGGUUGGACAGGCUCAGACUGGGGUCCUCGCAAAACCGCUUGGGGGUCCCCGCCACCUCCCGCAUGCGCCUGUCUUCGCCCUCUAACAGUGUCCUGGAGAGGACAGACGUGGUGGAUGACGGCACCCUAAAGAGGAGGUCUCUAAGGCGUAGCAACAGCAUCUGUAAGUCCCCUGGGCCAACCUCCCCUAAGGAACGCCCUAUCCUGACCCGGGACAUUGGGCGCUCCGAAUCCCUGCGCUCCUCCAGCAGCUGCUCCCAUCGCAUCUUCCGCCCCUGUGACCUCAUCCACGGAGAAGUGCUGGGCAAGGGCUUCUUCGGCCAGGCUAUCAAGGUAACCCACAAAGCCACUGGUGAGGUGAUGGUGAUGAAGGAGUUGAUUCGCUGUGAUGAGGAGACGCAGAAGACCUUUCUAAAGGAGGUCAAAGUGAUGAGGAGUCUGGAACAUCCCCACGUGUUGAAGUUCAUCGGCGUGCUAUACAAGGACAAGAGGCUGAAUUUAAUAACCGAGUUUAUUGAGGGAGGCACACUGAAGGAUUUCAUUAGAGACAUGGACCAGUUUCCAUGGGAGCAGAGGGUCAGUUUCGCAAAAGGCAUUGCUUCUGGAAUGGCUUACUUGCAUUCAAUGAGCAUCAUCCACAGAGAUCUUAACUCUCACAACUGCCUGGUGAAACUGGACAACACAGUGGUGGUGGCAGACUUCGGCCUAUCCCGGCUCAUGGUGGAGGAGGUCAAGCAACCGCCCCCUGAGAAACUGGUCAAUAAGAAGAGGGUGUUCAGGCGCAUUGACCGUAAGAAGCGCUACACGGUGGUGGGGAACCCCUACUGGAUGGCUCCAGAGAUGCUGAACGGUAAACGCUAUGAUGAAAAGGUGGACAUUUUCUCCUUUGGGAUUGUGCUUUGUGAGAUUAUUGGGCAGGUGAAUGCAGACCCAGAGUGCCUUCCCAGGACCUAUGACUUUGGCCUGAAUGUAGACAAGUUCAUGGAGAAGUUUCUCCCUGACAACUGCCCACCAGCUUUCUUCCCAUUGGCUGUGGCUUGUUGUGACCUCAUCCCUGAAAACAGGCCUGCCUUCCAGAAGCUGGAGGACUGUUUCGAGGCCCUGUUCCUUAACCAGGAGAUGGGCAUCCGUCUGCCAGCUGAACUGGAAGAGCUGCACCAGAAACUGUGUCGACUCCACCCUCCAAAAGAAAGCUCCUCGCUCCCAGCUCCCCAGAGCACAGUCCCAACACCAGCCCCAACACCAGCCCCUCCAGAGGAGUCCAGCCUGGCUGACAAUGGCACCUAGCAGACGCCUGCCCCUCUGGAUCCCCAAGCCCUCCCUCCAAGACCACAGCCUGGACUGCACUAACACAGCUGGAGGAGGAGUGGGGAAGACAAACCUAACUCAUGCCAUCUGGGAACUGGAUAACCUGAGCUAGCUGGACCAAGCUCCUCUCUCUCUGUGUGUUAUGUUGAUAUGGUCUGUAGUGGAUGUGUGUGAGUGACCAUACAGCUCUGAGAGCACCAAGGCACUGCAGUGUGUGUAGACUGGAGACAAGGGAGGAGACACAUUUCAAUGAGAAGUCUAGAGGCGUUGGUAUUUAUUUUUGUCCUGUUACAUUUUUUUAAAUCCUUUUUUUUUGCACACACCAGGACAUGCAGGGUUUUACACAUCUGUUUACCAUGCUAGCAGAUUCUGUUAUGUGGUUGGUUCUCUGCUCUCUCAAUGAUUCCUCAUUUUAUCGAGACAAUCUCUCCACAGCAUUUAAUAUACAUUUUUAUCUCGUCGGGUGGGUCUUAAGUUGUAGUGUGCUAUGUGUGGAUUGUGGAGAGAAGACUCGCUCGGCAGGCAGCAGCAGUGAAAAUAGAGAUGUCUGACAGACUAGCUGAUUGACGGAGUUAACCCAGGGCAGAGCAUUUGGAGUGAAGUUUGUUUACCAUCAGAAGGACAGAGGGGUAUCCUACGAAGCAGAUUUGAGUAGUUAGCGAGGUUACUUUGGUAAACUCUGAGUUCAACCCGGAAUAACCAGUCAUACGAAGGUGAUUCAUCUUUUAUCCAGGUAAAUUUCUAUGACAAUGAAUCCUUCAGAACUAACCUUCUCCGGGGCAGGCUAAUUCAGUUAACUCUGCUUACCCUGAAAUGACUGAGCCACGAGUUGAGGACUGCAUUGUCAUCCUUUUCAAUUGGAGGAAGACGACUGAUUAAAAUAUAUCACAUUACACAUUUAUUAUUGACAGAAUGCAUUUACAUUUUCCAGCACAGUACCACUUUUGUAUGACUUAAUGCAGUUAUUGUAUUGAUAGGAGUGGGGAAAGAAAGGCGGUUGUGCAUUGAUAAGCUCACCAAAGUCUGCAUUAACGAUAAGUAAUAAAUAUACCAUAGCCUGCUGAAUUUGCAAGAUAACUUUUAUUUUAGUUUGACUUCAGCACAAAUGAAGAUGGGGCACUGACUUGCCCAUGGAUCGAAGUUUUAGCAUUGUCUCAAUGAAGAGUUCGGCAUUCAACUAGCCAUGUGCAACAUGCACUCGCAGCUACAAGCCUGCUAGAGUUAGUGGCAGGCGGACAAGCAAUAUCCACCUUCAUAGUAUGGAUGAAGCCUGAGCUGGAAUGUGAAGCUAAGUAGAUUUAGCUUGCUUUGUAGGAUACCCCUCUGGUGUGAAGAGCACAGCAGGGACCAAACAAGCACUCUGAGGAGGCCACACACUGUCACACCAGUCAGAGAAAUAUGUGGAGCUGUGUCAAAGGAAUGUUAUGAGCUCACUGACCAAGAAAAUCCUCGUCAAACAGUGAUUCAACUUGAAAUGUGACCUUGAUCUUAGAGAACUUCCAUGCUUCACUGAUGGCAUCAGAUCCACUCUACAACCGUUAACAGUAAUCAUCCUUUAGUCUUAUUGUCAUUUGGUUUGUGGGGCAUCUACUAAUGUAAAGUUACUGUAGAGGGUGGACAUGGUAGUGUAUAGAUUUUCUUACAAUUAACAAAAUGUUUUUAAUCCACUAAAUUAACUCUGAAUUUGUUUUUGUCCAUGUGCACAUGGACAGAUUUAAAAUUGUAUUAUGAUUUGGGAAUUUGGAGCUGUUGACUGAUUCGGAGUUUGUUAUAGGAUGAAUAGUGUUUUUACAUGCAGCACACCUUUAGAACCAGACUGGUACCUGGUGCUUGUUGUUAAGGACCACUCAACACAGAGCUCUGUAUGCGCUCCAGAAUCUCAGCUCUGAUUGGACAGCAUGAACCUGGUGUGUACUCAAUAGAGCUCUGCUCUCAAAGGCAUUGUACAACUUACUAAAAAGGCUCUGUUUACACAGGCAACCCAAUUAUGAUAUUUUUCCCACAUUCGUCUUGACCAAUCACAUCAGGUAGCCUAGUGGUUAAGAGCGUUGGACCAGUAAGACAGCUGGUUCAAAUCCCUGAGCUGACUAGGUAAAAUCUGUCUGUGCCCUUGAACAAGGCAUUUAACCCUAAUUGCUCUGCUAAAUGUAUAUUUUUCAGAUCUGAUUGGUCAAAGGACAAAUUAGUGAAAUAUCUAAAUUAGGCUGCUUUUGUAAACCCUGACAAAGUGAACUGUAGUUAAAUAAAACUGGAUUUAUAUAUUUAAGUUGGCUGUAAGGAAUGUAUAUAUGCCUAAGGGAAUCAAGGAUUUGUAGAAUAUGGAGAUUAAAAUAAACAUGGUUUUGUAUGCUAGCAUAAUCUAAGGUACUGAUUUGUACACAUUGUAAUCACCAUGAUGUUGAAUGAAUAAAAUACAAUUUCUUUUUUGCUAAUA